GGCGACUCCUGGCGAGUCGGAGGAGGCGCUUUGGUUUCGGCGCCCGCCCUCUCUUCUUUUUGCGCUUUGCCUCCAUCUGCCUCGCUGCGCCCCUUCUCUUGCCUGGCCUCGACCUGGCUUCAACGGCUGGCCCGUCCCAGCUUCUUCGCCCUUAUCCGGAGACCUGCUUCUCAACGGCGGCGCAUCAUGGGCGACGGAGACCGGGUGGAGAUCGAUGGCAGCAUUAUGGAAGGGGGUGGCCAGAUCCUGCGUGUUUCCACAGCCCUGAGCUGCCUGCUUGGCACGCCUUUACGGGUGAGGAAUAUUCGGGCUGGAAGGAGUCAGCCUGGCCUUAGGCCUCAGCACCUGUCUGGACUGGAAAUGGUUCGAGCCCUGUGCGAUGGGAAGAUGGAAGGGGGAGAAAUCGGGUCCACAGAAGUAACUUUCACGCCUGGAAAGAUCAAGGGUGGAACCCAUCUUGCAGAUACCAAAACAGCUGGGAGUGUUUGCCUGCUGAUGCAAGUCGCAAUGCCCUGUGUGUUGUUUGCAGCCGCUCCUUCCGAACUGCAUUUGAAAGGUGGCACCAAUGCAGAGAUGGCUCCCCAGAUUGACUAUACAGUGAUGGUCUUCAAACCAAUUGUUGAGAAGUUCAAUUUGACGCUGGACUGUAUUAUAAAAAGGAGAGGGUACUACCCCAAGGGCGGUGGUGAAGUGAUGGUCCAAAUAUCCCCAGUUAAGCAGCUAAGCCCAAUUACAUUAACUGACCGUGGCACGGUCACAAAGAUACAUGGAAGAGCCUUUGUUGCAGGAGCUUUGCCAAUCAAAAUAGCAAAAGACACGGCUUCAGCAGCAGUGAGAUGUAUUAGAAAGGAGGUCCGGGAUCUCUAUGUCGAUAUACAAACGGUUCGAGAACCUGACAAUGAGGCCUUUGGAACUGGAACUGGAAUAAUAAUUGUUGCAGAAACGUCCACUGGCUGUUUACUAGCAGGAUCAUCCCUUGGAAAAAGAGGUAAAAGUGCUGACAAAGUUGGAAUUGAAGCAGCAGAAAUGCUGCUUGGCAAUCUACGACAUGGAGGAGCCGUGGAUGAUUACCUGCAAGACCAAUUGAUCAUUUUCAUGGCUUUGGCAGAUGGGAUCUCUCGAGUGAAAACAGGACCGAUUACUCUCCAUACAGAAACUGCUAUCCAUUUUGCAGAGCAGCUGACCAAGGCUAAAUUUACGGUGUCAAAGUCAGAAGAUGAUGGUUCGUCCAAGGAUGCCUACAUUAUUGAGUGCCAAGGAAUUGGACUGUUAAAUGCCAACUUAUAGGUUCUGCUAAUUUUUUAUUUAAGAAUUACCUCCGCAAUGAAUUGCACUACAUUUCACCUAGACAUUUGAGAAGAGAUAAUGUGAUUAGAAAGUGGUCUGAAUUAGUUCCACCGAAGGAUGUUGGGGUUUCUCAUCUUGUGGAGUCUUCCGUUUUUUUUCUAUGAGAAUGAAACACAGAGAAGUAGCUGAUCAUUACAGAUACUGCUGAGCUGGAAAGCAAUAAUUUCAGCAUUAAAAAUGACUUCUGUGAUUCAGUCAUUCUUAAUUUUUUCCCCAAGCACUGCAAUAGAAUAUACACAAAAGUACAGCAGCCACCGUCUACAUUUGUUUGAAAUUUCUGUAACCAUUUGUUGGACAUGAUUCCACCAAAAUAAAACAAUCUCAGCAGAUGAA